GUAUGUUUUGGUAGCGGCCUGCAAGGAUGGACAAGAAGGCUUAGUGACUACCGUCCGAUUUAAUUGUGUAAGAGCAGAUACAAGAUCUUUCUGAUUAUCCACUUUGAUUUUAUACGUAUAAAGAUGAAUGAUCCUUCAGCCAGUACUGCUUCUCCUCCCAGUGGCAGUUCUAGCAGCGGUUCUAUGAAUAUUUUACCCGUUGAUGUACUAGUUCUUGAAGGUUGCAUUGAUGAUGUUUUAUCUUCUCUUACGGACAAGGGUCUGAGGUGUAAAUUGCUUGAAAGUGGUAUGAAACUAAGGGAUGUAGUGCAGCCUGUAGUAUCCGAUUUUUCGAAACUAUUUGAGUCCAUUUCAGAGGGCGCAAAGAUAAUUUCGGAUAAGAAAUCCUCAUCCUCAAAGCUUUCUAGCGAAGCACAAUCGGUGGCCUUGGAUACAGUGAAACAACUGGGAAAUGUUCAUUGGGCUGCGAUUGGGCUUUUAGCAAUAGCUUUUGUUCUUGAAAGAUUCGACAAGAUUUCUACAAACGACAGAGAUUGCUUGGACCUUCUGAAACUGAUGCUGGACCUCGCUAAAUUUCUAAUGCAGCUCAAAGACAUGAAUGCCGACUCCCACAAAGAACUUUCAGAAAAAAUGAACGAGGCGCUUCAUUUGAUUGUUAGUGGCGCAAUCUUGUGUCGUUCCUUUAUCGCGUACAAGAAAUUGUUGAAGUUCUUCUGCACAACGAAAAUCCGUGACGAACUUGUCUAUAUACGGAGAAAGGUGGAUAGUAUAAUAGGCCAGCUGAGUCUGCAGAUGCAAGUUAAGGUUGCCUCUUUUUAUAUGUCACAGCCACAGCCACAGCCACAGCCACAGCCACACCCUAAUGGUGCAGGUGGACUUGCUUUUGAGCAAUCAACCACCACAAAUGAAAUUUUUCAGUGUGAGAUUGAGGAUGCAGUCCAAACAGAGACACGUGCAGAGGAGUCAAGCAUUGAGAUGUGCACAGCCAACACAAACGUCGUCUCUCGAGUGAACCAAUGGAAAAUAGAGGAAGCUGUUUCAUGUGAAUCAAGUAAUUGGGUAGAUAGGCCUCAAAAAUCCAAGAGGCUUUUACCCACUUUUUUCAGGCUCCCUAAAUAUCUUAAAAAGUUCAGAGAACGUAGAUCUCGAUCUGAGAGAAAGCAAAACCCUGCCAGGAAAGUAGUUUUGGGAAUAAGCCUGGACAAAACACAGCUGUCUUCGUUUGGUAUAGAACAUGACUCUGGAGGGCUACCAAUCCACUUCACUCUCAAGGAAUUGAAGAAAGCAACUAACGAAUUUCGACACGAACUCAAAGUUUUCAAUUCUUGGUGCAAUCUGUUUAAAGGAACUUUGUCCAGCGGAAGACAAGUGGUAGUAAGGACGUUCCCUAGCCAACAAGCAACGAGCAGUGAACAAACCCUAAUAAGAACCACGAUGAAAGAGCUGGUGUGUCUAGCAAAUUUGAGGCACAAGAACAUUGUGAAGCUUGUGGGAUAUUGUAAUCUUGAAAAAGAGGAACCGAUGCUAGUGUAUGAUGAUCUACUCAAUGGACGUCUAUCCGACUUUCUUUUCGGAGACACUACCAAGGGAAAAAAGAAAGAAGAUUCUAAACAGGGAAAAUUUCUUGACUGGUCCGAUAGGUUAAAGAUCAUAUUGGGAGUAAUUAGUGCUCUCGUUUACCUUCACGAGGGUGCCGACGAGCAUGUGUGUUGUGUACAUAGAAAUAUUAACCCACGUAGCAUUCUUCUUGAUGACAACUUCAAUGCAAAGCUGUCUGGGUUUGACCUCGCAGAAUUUUUAGCUUUCGAUGAUUCAGGAUUCAGUGAACCUGUAGCUGGUACCUUCGGUUACAUCGCUCCGGAAUGUAUUUCUCAGAAUCAUCUGAGUUCUAAAGCGGACAUUUACAGCUUUGGAAUUCUGGUGUUAGAAAUUGUGUCUGGUAGAAGUGUGGUUUAUAGCACAUAUAAUUAUGACGAAGAUCACGUGAACCUUCCGGAUAGGGCGUGGAGGCUAUACAAAGAAGAUAACCUUGCUGAUCUGAUACAUCCCCAGUUACUAGAGGGUAAAGGUUAUACGUCAAGUAGCAUAAUAAGAAGCAUCAAAGUAGCUCUGUGGUGCGUUGUAGUAGAUCCUUACUUGCGGCCAACAACGUCACGCGUGUCAGCUAUGUUGUCCACAGAAGAGGAGAUCCCCCCACUACCAGAGGAUAGUAUGCCAGUGGAACAACAUUUCUUAAAGAACAGAAAUACCGAUGAAGGUUACCAAUCUGAUAUACCGAUGGAAGAAAUUGAAGACCUUCCACGGUGAUUGAAAAUGUUUAAAUUGUGUAUUUGGCCAUUUGAAAGUUGGCUACUGUUUGUAUCUAAAAUGUCACAAAUAUUGAACCUA